AGGAACGCUUGUUCCAUGCGCUGCCUGGACAAUGCAGCAUUGGCUGCCACCCCCUCUCUCAGCCCCCAGACGAUGCCAAGGCGGGCGGCCGGCCGCGGCUGAUGAAUAGUGGGUCUGUUCCAGCAGCUGAACGGCCUGGUCCAGCAAGUAGAGAGUCUCCGGGAGAGCAGAGUGCCCCGCUCCUCGUGCCGUCUGCAGGGAAGGGAGCUGGGGGCAGCGGGAUGGCCUCAGAAGGGGAGAGCAUCAACCUGCAAUUUCUCUUAUCUCCCCAGGGCAUGAAUCCUCAUCUGCGGACUAAUGGGCCGAUGAACAUCAACCACUAUGCAACAAAGAAGAGCGUGGCAGAGAGUAUGCUGGAUGUGGCACUGUUCAUGGCAAAUGUCACACAGCUCAAAGCCGUGCUGGAGCAGGGGACUUCCUUCCAGUAUUACACCACCCUCAUUGUGCUUAUCAGCAUCUCCCUCUUUUUCCAAGUGGUAAUUGGGAUCCUUCUCAUCAUCACUGCUCGUUUGAACCUGAAUGAUGUGGCAAAACAACCCCGCCUAAAUAUACUCAACAAUGCUGCAACAGCUCUCAUCUUCAUCACAGUCAUCAUCAAUAUCUUCAUCACAGCCUUCGGGGUGCAGAAGACUGGCCUCUACCCUACCAGGAAUUUUCGACCUUAUUAAGCCAAGGGAAGCAGAGUCAGGAUCUGAACAGCACAACCAGUGGGGAAAGCUCUCGUCGGUGUUUUGAAUGUUCUCAGCAGGAUCCCAGCAAAGAAUCCAGAGAACAAAGUUAAACUAUCAAAACUAUACGUGUUUUGAGGCAUACCUGCCUCUUUACUAUCAUGCCUGUGCAGUUCUGCAGAGGUGAAGAUCUCCAUUGCUUUUCAAAGCAUUGCUAGAGCAGACUGCAGUGAUCUCUAGAGAAAGCUGCAGAAACAGCAGCAGGUACAUAACUUCAAAGCACAGUUCUCUAAGCCUCCUCUCUUACUGUAGCUGCCUGCUUCACAUAGUCAAUAUUGAAGAGUGAACAAUAUACUUGGUAGGACAAGCAAAUAUAAAACAUCCAGCUUUUUUGGUCUCAAGCAUGAUUUGCUAUAUCUAUAUAUAAAUAACAAUGCUGACUAGUAGUUUACCUUCCAAAUGGAGGAAUGGCUCUCUCAAACCAAAGGAAGUUAUCAUGCGACAGUAGAAUAGUACGCAUGUCAACAUAGUGAAAGAGAGACAAAAUAUAUUCAUAAUUGAUUAAAAAUAAAACAAAACGAGAAACAGUUAUAAAAACAAUCAGAUAUUUCCAGUAUUGGGAAGUUAACAAUGAGAGAAAAUAAAUGUCAUGUUCUGAUGUCACCAACGGGGGUGUUAUCAGGAGUGCUGCCUGAGCGGCCUAACAAAAGGUAGGAGGCCUGAGUGGCCUAUCAAAAGGUAGGAGAGAAACAUUACACAUGAGACACUAUGGGUUAAUUGCUACGAUGAGACAUGACAGAUGUAUAGGGUAUUACUUUAUUCAUAAGUUACCAUUUUAAUUUAAGGUGUUAUCACUAACAUCAACGUUUUAAAUAUGUGAUCUCCAAUUGACAAUGCUGGGAAUUCUUUCUAUAAAGGAAGAUCUUUCCAGUAUAAGUCUCUGAAUGGAAGAUUUUUCUUUAAGUUGUAAACAUUUUGGAUCCUAGAUUUUACAAGUCUGCAGUCACGGUAAUUGAGAUUUUAACAGCCUGCUGUAAGCCUACUUAAAUAACAAAAAGCUUUUCUGAUUAUUAAAUGGUUUAUUAAAAGUUUCUCUUUAA